AAACAUUUUUGUGUAAUAAUAAGUAUAUUUGUUGUGAGUAAUAUAAUACAUUAAGGUACCAAAUAUUGUACAUUUGUACUGCGGACUGAGCAAGAUGAAAUUUAACACGACACUUUUUAUAUGUUUGAUUUUUUCGACUAUUUGUAUUACGAAGGUAAAUAUAUUUACUGUGUUAUACACACCUACUAAUAACAAAUUAUUAUUUUAAAUUUUUCUAAUGAACAAAUUUAUUAUUUAUCAUUAUUUAUAAUCCGAGGUGUACAUAAGAGCGUUAUUUCAGUUUUUUAAUAGGGAUGCAAAUAAUUGAAUCGGGCUAAUUUUUUCAUCCAUCAGGCCACGGAAAAAUAAAUUUCGAUUUCUUCGAUCACUCGUAUUCUCACUUUACAUUUUAAUAUUCAAAUACUAUAAAGAAAUAUUUCUGUUCUGUGUUUCUUUCUACUUUUUCUAUAUUUAAUUGAUGACAGUGCAAUUAAAAAACAUUUUAUGGGGGGCCAAAAAUACAUUAACAAAAACGUUAAACGAAAAACAAUUCGGAGCAAAGUUCAGUUAUAAAUUUAUAAAUAUUGUAGAAGGUCGUAAUAUUUACGAUUUUUGUGAAAAUUUGAUUUUAAAAGUUAUAUAAAAAAAAAACUUCAUUACACACAAUUUUCAACUAAUAAGUACAACUUAUUAUGAACUUCCUGUUAAAUUUCCAUGCAUUCCAAACAACUAAAUCCACAUAAUACCUACCAAAUAAAAACUACACAAACAUAAAAAGCCUCUAAAAAGCUCAUAAAUAACUAAUAUAUACGAAAAACAUUUUACUACGUCUAUAAAAAACAAAUAUAAAUUUUCUGUUCAAAUUCCAAUUUGAUAUGUAAUUUGUUGAUAUGAUGGAAAACGUAAUUAAAAUAUAGCACAGUUACACCACCUACUUUUGUGGGGUCUACCAUAAAUGUAAAUAGGGUGAAGACUAAAGGGGUUUCGGGGGCUUAACUUGUUCUGCUAUUUUUUACAUUCCUUAAAUUUAAUAUUUCGAAAGGCAAAGUAAAAAUUAAUAAAUAAUUAUAAUACUGAAGUAUUUGUGUGUGUAAUACAUACUGUGUAUUAUAAUAAAUAUUUCUGAGCAUAUCUAACUAUUGUAGACUAUAGUUGAAAUUCUAUGUUUGUAAACAUUUAUUGUAAGUUUUGUUUUGUCAUAUUAUAAUAUAUAGGCAAAAGUGUAUAAUAUUUUAAACCAAGCACAGCGAUUAAAAAGUAUAGUAAAUAAAUAUAUAAAUAAAAAAUGUAUAUAUAAAAUAAAACAUAAAUAAAUUAAUAGAUACAUCACCUGGAGUAUUAUGAUAAGUUUAUUAUACGACUGGUUUCGAAAUAAAAAUUCAUCAUCAGGUAUAUCAAAAUCAAAAUGUAAAACACGACUGAAUAUAUAAAAAACUAAAUGAAGGAAUACAUAACAAAAAAUUAUAAACGUGGUCAUUUCAGAUAGAAAUAAUUUAUUUUAAUAGGAGAGAUUAUUUAAAAUGGGUUAUUAUUAGACAUAUAUAUGUUAAAAAACAUAAAUCAUUGGGUUAUUAAUUAUUGCCUAAAAUGUAUUGAUAUAAAAUAUUAUUUUUAAAUUAGUUUGUACAUUUAAAAUAUUAUUAAAAUUAUUUUUCUUUAUUUCAUUGUAUUCAUAUGUAAUUCUUCAAAAACAGAAUUAAUGUAUAUGUUAUUUUGGGAAUUUAAUAUCUCUAAUUCUGUAUUAAUAUCAAAGCUUAUAUUAUGAUUAUUUUAUAAAACAUGUUUAGCGAAAUUUGAUUUAAAGACAGUCUUUUUAAAUUCAUGUGCUAUUAUAGCAUUAGUUUGUGUAGGUUUCCUGUAAAUAAUAAAAUUAAAUUUAUUGUUUAUUAUGUAAACUGUAAGAUCUAAGAAAUUUAAUUUAUUAUUUAUUUGUAUUUCGAGUGUAAAUUGAAUAUUUGUAUUUAUUUUGUUUAAGUAGUUAACUAAAUUUUCUACUUGUCUAUUUAAAUCUCUAAAUAAAAUUAAUGUGUCAUCAACGUAUUUAUAAUAUGCUUUCAUAUAUGGAUAAUUUAAUUGAUAAAUUAUCAAUUAAAUUUGUUGAUUAAAUUGUUGGAUUUUUUAUAUUUAUUCAUUUAUUUAUUUUUAUUUUUAUAUAUACAUUUUUUAUUUAUAUAUUUAUUUACGAGUAGUUAUAAAUCGUUUUAAUAAUUUUGUUUUACUUUAUUAUUUUAUUAUGAUUAAAAAGUGUUUAGGGUUGUAUACUUCUCUAAACAUUCAGUUCUGAUCUGUAUUUAGGACAUCAGUACUCUUAAUUCUCAAACACUAUUUGUGCCUACAGUACCAAAACUCCAAAAGACUUUCAUUAAAUUCUAUAAAAAGUACUUCCACCCUACUUAGUCCUUACUGACUACCUAUAUAGCACUAGUAGUUUCGAUAAAAUGUACCUUUCGAUUUGAGUGGAGCGAGAAAUUUAUUGGUUUUACAAUGAUGUUUAUUUUAUUUUUUUUUCUGUGGAUAACUUUUCUACUUUUCAAAUAAAUGGGAAAAAACUAAGAAAAACGAGAAAAUAAGUACAAUGUUUAACAAAUAUCAUUAAAGAAAAUAUAUAGGUAAUAUGCAUAUAUAAUUAUUUUACCAUCUGAAUCUCCGUUCAGAAUGGUUUUUUUCGUUAGCAAUGGUUAAUCGUUACGUACAGAUAUAUACAUUACAUUUCCCCUCUACUAUGUUCCCAACUUCUCACCUAUAACAGUGGCCGCACACGUCACCAUUAUCUUAUUAGGGUUUUUUUUAGUACCUACCUAUAUUUUAACGAAAUUUAGUUACCAUGAUUCGAAUAAAAAUUAUUCCUCGAGUAUAGAAAGUCCCAGUCCUUUGGAACCUCCAAUUUUUUUCUAUGUCCGCAACUGGAGGUAGAUAUAUAUUUUCCCUGCGCAAAGCCGUAAUCUAAAAUAAUUUUGAUGAAAAUUAAAGGUUUCCCUUAGGUUCUCACUUGGGAGUAAACAUUUUUCCUUUGGUAUGGUAAUACACCUAGUGAUAGACUCUAACCAAAAUUCAUUAGGAAUGUAACUUAGUAGACUCCUGUUAGGAACGUUUUCCAAUUAUCAUUGGACUUUUGCAGGGAUAUUCUCUAGAAGUCACUACAAUCUUGUUUUAGAUGUCUAUUUAAAUCUUCUUGAAAUCUUGGUAUUAUCGUACCUACCUAUAUCAACCUUUAAUGUGUAAUAUUUUUCAGGCUGAACCUAGCGAUGAGGUUGAAGAAGAAGCAACACAAGAGGUUGAAGAAGAAGCAACACAAGAUGUUAAAUGCUAUGCACCACAACCUUUUCAGUAUAAACCCAGCGAAAGAUUGAAGACACUUGAAAGUGGAUUGUCGGCCGGCAAAAUGAAGUUUGUCCCGGAGGGCAAGGUUAGAGAGACCAUGACUAAUGUGUAUCAGAACGCGAUAACGCGAGGCGCAGCUAAUGAAGGUCUACAAAAACUCGAUGAUGAAUGGAAAUCUAUGCUCCAAGGUCCGGAAGCGUCCCGGGUAGUUGGUACCUGCGGCCGGAACUUCGCUAAGGUCGUAUCGUCUGAUAAAGGACGGGAGAUAUUGAAAACGGUAUGGAUCACGGCACACUUGUUGUUGUCGAAGGCCGGCAAAGAUACCCGAGGUGCUGGAUUGGGUAGGAUCAUGGCUUCGAUGUUCAAACUGUUCGAGUCACCCCAAAUGCCUGAAAUCGUCAGUCAAACGGGUGGCCUGAUUAUCUCGGCCGCGAAUAAACCCAGAGCGGUGUGGUUCGUUAGACGGGCUUUCCAAGAAAUUGAAGGCUUUUUAGUGGAUAGAGACCUUCCUGACAAAAUCAAUACAUUCUUUGAAAACAUGAUGUCUAUGAUGAAAAACUUGAAAAUCCCGGAAAGGGAAAGUGCCUCGUCAUUUAAACGUACACGUAGUAGACGUAAAUAUAUUACUGAAGAAUAGUAUCUAUACGUUUUAUCGGUCAGAUGUAACUAAAAAUCAAACAUAAUAUAUCUAACUAUCUUACAAUAUAAACCCAAUAUAAUGAAUGUAUAAUGAGAUGUAACUAUAUAUGUACCUAUGUCUAUUUAUAAAUAUUAUGUUUUUUGUAGCACUCAUAAUUAAAAUAACAUGUUUUACUCAAAUUUCGAGAGAAAAAACAUUUAGGUAUACGAAAUACUUUUAGGUAGAGCUAUCCUUAGAAUUUGCGAGAUUCAGGGUUAAAAUAAUUAUGAGACCUAACAUAAAUUUUUAUUUAAAAGUGCAUUGAAAAUACUCACUCUUUCUUUUUUAUUGCACACAGUAAUUGAUUCAAAAUGAUUGUACUUUCAAAUAUCUAUAAUAGAUAGGUAGGAGUAAUAGGUACAUAGUUUUCAAUUAUAAAAAUAAUAAGUAAAACAUAAAAAAAAAAUUAUAAUAAUUUAAUUUAAUUUUGCUCGACCAUUGUUAUUAUUUAGUAGGUAUAGAUUAGAUUAAAAAUUCAAAUAAAUAAAUAAUUAUACUUACCUUAGAUACAAAUUAUUUUAAAAUCAAUACAGCUUCUUUGUAAAUUUGUUCAGAAUCUUAUUAAUACAUUAACAAAUUUCUCGUUCUACAAGUGCUUUCCACACUGGUAGCUUGUAAAGAUAAGUAAGUUUUAAAAUGGAAAUUGUAUUAACAGCAUAAUACCUAAUAAUAACAAAAAUUUUAAAUGCAUAAUGUUAUAUUUCCUUAUAUAUAUAUAUAUAAAAGAAUAGGCAUUUUUUAUGUUGCAAUUUUGUGAUGACACUAUUUAACUUUUUUUCAUAUAGUUGUUGCAAAUACUCUUCUAAAUGUCACCAUGGCAUCCGAAUUUCCUUUUUUUUAUUUGUUUGAGAGGAGGGAGAGGAGGAUUCAGUUUUUUAGCGUAUCAUUUAAAUAAUUUAACGAUUUUUUUUUACUAAAUUGAAUAAAAUACUCCUUCAAGUGAUCUAUUAUUUACAAUUUCAUUUUAUUCGUCGUUAUAAAUCGUUUACGCACUCUGUCAUAAUUAAAUACUGGCAGAAAACACCGAUAAAUAAAACUCUAUGGGUCGGUAUGCGAAUAAUACUCAAAUGUAAAAUUUGAAUUCUCCUAGGUUAUGUAAUGGGACUAGGCUCCGUGUCACCUCUCGUACAAAAAAAAGUAAUUGAAGCUGAAAUGUUGAUCGGAUGUGCUAAGUGAGAAAAAUAUUUUCACCGAAAAUACCAUUACACCCCAAUGAUUUUCCAGUUCAGUAAAAAAGAGUUGUUUUAAAAACAAGUUUGUUUUGCAAUGACAAUAAACAAUGCUCAAGAUCAGACUUUAACUUAUUGUGGUGAAGAUUUGAAAUAUAACUGUUUCUCACAUAGACAAUUGUAUGUAGUAUUUUCUAGAGUUGGAAGAUCUGUCCAUUUAUACGUUUAUGCACCAUAAAAUAAAAUUCUGAAUGUGGUAUACCAAGAGGUUUUGACUAAAGUCAUUUUAGAAUUGAGUAACUCAUUAAAGAACCAUUUGUAAAUAUUCAUAAAUAAAGUUAAAUUAUACAAAAUAUAAUUAUAGAACCAUUUUUAAUAAUAAUAUGGGUAUAGAAUCAUUAGAAUCAUUUGUAAAUUGUAUUAUUAUUUUUUUAUUUGUUAUUCAGCUACUAAUACUAUUUAGCAAUUGAUUAAAUUAAGUAAAAUACAUUUUUUUCUUCUUUAAAACAUAACUAUGAGUGUUGAACUUAAGAUUUUCAUUUAGAGAGAGCAAAAACUACACACGGACGAAGCCGGGUAAUUCAACUAGUAAUGUAUAUAACAUUAUACAUAUAUACAUUACUAGCUGUCCCGCCCAGCGUUGCCCAUGCCAAACAUAUGUGUAAUAAAAACGUUUUCCCUCUGGAUUACCUGUUUUCAUCUUGAUCAAAACACUGCAGUUAACCAUUAUUGCCCUUAAAAAUUUAAAAAUACUUUUUCUUUAAUUUUCAUUUCAAACUUAUAUGAAUUAGUUAUAUGGUUGCUAAGUAAUGAAAAAUAUCUAUAAAUUACUAUUUUGUAUACAGCCCAAACUACUGCAGGUUAGAUCUAUUACUUCUACUAGUCAGAUCGAGGAUUUCAAUAGUUUAAAACCUUCUCCAGAUAAUACGAAAAAACAUAUUGCGAAAAAACAAGUAAAAUUGGUCUAUAUUUUGAUCGUGCAUUUGUGAAUGAUUGUUUCUAGGUAAGCGCAUUUUCUUGGCACUAUUUGUGGAAUGAUCAAGGUUUGAUUUCCUCUUCAAAGACAUUAUGCGAUAAAUAAAAAAAAUAACCAAGAAAAGUAAAAAAAAGUGCUAUAUAAUAAUAGAAUAAUAUAGGAUUGCAACUAAUCCGUUAGUUAAACAGGUGCCACCUAUCUAAAAUAAUAAUAAAUUGUGUACUAAGUUACUAAAUAACUUUUUUUUAAUGAACAAAAAUAUGCACUAUAUAUCUUCCAGUUUCUAAUUCUCGUUGAGCUGUGCCCAUCACUACCAAGAGCAAAGGGCAAUCCAAGGGCCCCGUUGGAGGCCCACCAAUAGGGAGCCCACUAGGAAAUUUGCAAAAUAAACGUAAAAGUUGAAUGAUCAUGAAAUAACUAAACUAAAAUCUGAAUAAAGUAAAAAUAUUAAUUCUCAGAAAAUAUUUCAAGUCUAAAUGAAACACACAAAAAUAUUAUAAGUCCAAUUAGUUAAACGUUUGACAUUUUUUUAAAACCCAAUAAUUAAAUUCGUCAAAAUUAUUCUAAGUCUAAUAAAAUUACCUAUUCAAAGUAGUACAAGUCCAAAUAUUUAAUUCAUAAAACAGUAUGUUACGAACGUAUACUCUCAAUUGAUCGCCUAAAAUUAGGGUAUUUUACUAAUGCACACUUAAUUCCACAUACCAAAAUAUUUUAAUGAACAUAGACCUAGUAGUGCAUAUGCCACAUAUGACUUCGUUGCAUAAUUUUUUUUGGUAUUUAUUAAUAAUUAGUUAUAAUAAAUACAAUCUAAGACAAUUUUCUAUAAAAGUCCUUGAUAUAUGACUAGAAAUUUUAAAACUAAAAACUUAAUAGCUUGGGUUAAUAUACUCAUUAUAUUAUUAAAUAAUAACAAAUACCUAC